AUGUCUAGUCAGGAGGAGGAAAGUAUUAACUUCACGGUAGAAAACGACUCGGUACAAUGGGAUGACGGCUACAACAACAAGGUGUAUGUAGAUCUACUCACAGGAAACCACGUCACAGAAGUUCUAGAAGGAGCAGGAAUUGAGGUAGAAGUGGAUGACUCGGCUUCCAAAGCUGUUGGACUUGGCGGCGCAACAUCUAGCAUCUUAAGGAAGCAGACUUUGGCUUACAUCAUCCGACGUGUUGACAAAUCCAUCUACUGCAUGGGUUUCGCGUGGGGUUCUAUCUCGCAGCUUGGACCGAAUCUCCUUGGAGAACUCUUGCAAGCAAUCGUCUACGCUUCAAUUGUGAGGACACCUGGGAUGCCAAAGAGAGUUGUAGGCUUCGAUGGGCGCUGGAUUCUGAACUACGGAGAAGAAACUCAAAUAGUUCAAAAGAUCUUCAACUUCAACAAAAUUGAACUGGAGCUUCUGCGAACGAUUCAGCAGGAGAACCCGAAAAGUGACUGGUAUAGGCCAGUGUUCUCCGAACCUAUCAGACUGCCUCCCGGAGUUUCUGUUGAGGACGCGCAAAAGAUUAAGCCAUUCGACCCACGAACGCUUGGACAAUACGCAGCCAUGAGGGGCAUCACGCUUGAUCGAGGUGUUGAUCGGACUCCUUUUCGGUCACGAGAAGAAGAUGGAGAAAUCACAGAAGCACGGGCUGCAACGAGCGACGAAGAGGCACCUCCAGUUGCACUUAUUCUCGAUGGAGAAGCUAGAGGAGAUGACGAUCUAGAACUAGGGCCUGAAGAUCCAGAACAUCUGCACGAGCAAAUACUUGCCAUGAGACGAGGACGAGCAGCCGGAAUUCUUCAUCCCCACAACGCACAAAAGAGGAGGAAGAUCGCAUCGCCAUCUACUGCAAAGGAGCACGCUAUGCCAAAUGAGGACGACGUUGACAUGUUCGGAAACAAGUCCUCUAGUUCAAGCUCUGUCCCUGGAAAAACUUUGGUGUCGUUGUCUUUGCCAGAAAAGGACGAAUGUUGGGAGGUAACCUCCGAUCAACUUCGGAUCGGCGGAGAUGCAGGAGCAUAUGCCGUUUACCGCGAAACCCACUACGGGCUAGAGACGACCCCAUCAAUUCCAGGGUGGCUGGUGAACAGAGUACGUUUGAGGAGGAUCAUCUUCGUCGAACAACAAGUGCGAGCUUGUCCUGAUUUGCGCUAUGACUGGAAGAGGCGGAAGACUGAACUCCAACCGGUGCCACUACCAAAUGGAAAGAAGAAGUUCAUCACCUGUGAUUAUUACUUCUUCGUUUCCGAUCACGACGAAGUUCAGACGGAGUCCAAGAAGCACCAAGUACGAACAGAGAUGAUGAACGGAGCGCCGUUUGAUCCGCAAAGAGGAAAGCUUUCCAGCGAACUUCCAAAAGGGUGUCAUGCCUUUGAAGAUCACAUUCGCUACGAAAAUAUUGGACCAGGCAAGGUCGCGCCACAAGUGCACAGCGCUCCAUCGGCGAAAUCACUUCUGUCAGUACCAGGACGUCUACAAGAUAUUCGUUGUUUUACCUGCCGCGAUCUCAUAGACGUGCCAGCCGCGGUACGCGAAACCUGUCGUGUGUUUGACAUCGAAGAAUUCGGGAACGUGAACUACUUCGGACUAGCUCCUGACGUCACAAAGCGUACUGUACUGACGGGAUUUGCUCUCGAACUGCAGGACAAAGUCAAUCGAGUCGACAUGGAGCACAUCAUCAUCUACCUUCGAAACCACCCGCGAUGCAUCCUUAGAUGUUCUACUGGGAUCGGAAUCAGUGUGGCUUUUGGUGAGAUCCUACAACGACGGCACAAGCUUGGGGUGAUGCACUGCAGUGUAGCCAACGAAUGUUUUGUACACUCCGUCACACUUUCUGCUUCUGGCGAGGCCACGCGUUUGCACCACGACGAACAUGUCCGAAUCGCUUCCGCUCUUUCACCGAUGCGCCAGUUUUCAACUGCUGAGCGAAAGAAGAUUAGGCUGAUUCAGGAAGUGCUCUAUCACCAAGGGAAGCUAACCACCUUCGAGAACUGUCUUAAACUCGCCAAGGACAAGAUUCGGAAUGUGCCAGAAAUCGAGUUGCGAGAGCUCGCCCGCGUAGCGCGGCACGAUAGUCUCGCUCGACUACGAUACGGCGUAGGGCCCAGGGUGCGAGAUCUAGGAGGUUUCAGCACUUUAGAGACGAUGCGCUCCGGGGGGAUCACUCUCAUAGAUACCACCUUCUUCACCUGGUUGGGGUAUAUCUAUACGAUUGUGGGCGUCCACUCUGUAGCCGACGGCAGAUCCGGUUUCUACCUUUGUGGCACGAAGUGGAAACUUGACCCAGUGCUGAACAGAGCAGUGCGCGACAAGAAGAUCACCGACGAGGAAGCACAGAAAAUUCGGGAUGGAAUUGCGCUUCAACUUGACGACGAUCUCGCCGACCGAUUGAUGUGUGGACGUGGAGCACCAUCGAAGACCGACAUCGCCAAAGUCCUCUACAAAUCGCUAGAUCGCAAGCUUAUCCGACGAAGGAUUGUCGCGGACAGAGGAGUUGAGAAUAUCGCCCUAAUCGAUUUCUCAAUGAUCAGAAAGACCGGCAGGGAGAUUACGAUUUUGCCCAAAGGACAGAAGGUCCACAAACUCGAGAGGAUGUUCUUAGCCCUGAAGACUGCGCUGGCGAAGUGUCUGUUGAUUCCGGAGUGUCAACUCAUGCCGCUCCAAUGGUUAUUGCAUGAGAUAGCCGAAGCCUUAGCAAACAUUCCAUCGGCAGCAUACUUAGGUCGCACGCCUAACCAGACCUUCUGGGGUUUACACGAGGGAGUGCCGGAAGGAUUCCUACAUCCUCUGGACGCCGAAGUCGAGUACCUACGGACCACAACUUCAGAAGGACGUCUGCAACACAUGACCGAAGCGCGAAUUGCUAUCUCGAGCCAGAUUACGGCUAUGACGACCGACCUCGAUUACGUAAAGGCGACUCGAAAAAUAAUUGCGAAUGCGAGAGCAGCCUGCCGUAGCUCUGAGGAGUACCAGCCCGGUCAACAAGUUCUGGUUUAUAAUCCAGUCACGAAGACGAGCAAGCCAGGAGAGAUAGCGGCUAGAACACGCACGCAAGGACAAGAGCCUUUUGAGUACUUGAUCAAUCUCCAACGGGGAAGCACAGUGGCCCGCGCCGGUGUGAUCCAGCCCAGCGCCAACUUCAACUGUUACCUCGAUAUUCCGACAGACCUGCAGCCACUCACCUUUCCAGAUUUUAAAAUAAGUGGUCGCGUCCACGAUGCGCAGCGAAAAUGGGAAGAGCUUAAUCGUCAUUCUGACGAACACGACUGGCAUGAAAGCACCAUCCACAAUCCGGAUAAUGUUGGUCCUUUCUUCUCCAUUUCAACCCCCGGGGAGGGAGUGCAGGCCCACCGCAGAAAAUUGUCGCGUAAGAACAAGUCAGCUCUGGAAGUCAUCGAAGAAGAAGGAGAAGUAGAUGAGGAUGAUCAAGUCGAAGAACAUGCUGAAGACGGAGAUGUUGACGAGGAGAGCGCUGAAGCACAGCCACCAGACGACUUAGACGAGCAGCAAGCUUUUGUAGUCGAGGAAGAUAUCCAGCAGGCAGGAUACUCGGAGGCCAUCACAAGUGCAGAGCAAAAUGUCCUUGACGAAACCGAGAUAAUUCUUGUCGGUGUGUCGCAUCAGGAAGGCGAGAAGAAGGAGGACGACGAGGCUGACGACGAGCCAAAUGAUGAGUCGGAGCAGUGGAAGACACAUUUUCGUUUUCCGAAUCGUGAAACGAGAAGAGCCUUGUGGAAACAUCUCAAGGAUGGAAAACAAGGAGCCCUCAAGGAGAACGACUUCAUUUACCAGUUGAUCCAUAAAGCCACUCUCGACGGAGCUGCGUGUCCAGUCACGCCACACAGUCUAGAACUUCAUCAGGAGUGGAUUCCAGAAGAAAAGUGCGAGAGCCUUGCCAAUCCGAGUCUGCAACAGUCAGUUCGAGUAGUGUGGAACGCUAAGUCAGUCGCGAUCGUUGGAAAUGAGGACGACUACAAACGAUUCGGAUCCGGAAUUUGUCUUCGCUUUGUGUUUUGGGUGUUGGAUCCGAAGAAAUCGUACCCAGAACACAACCUUACGAGCAUUCUGGAAAACGAUACCGCGCGACAUCCUGAUACGGUGAAUCGAUUGCAAGGGGCGACGAAGUGUGACGAUCUUGAUCACCAGUUUAUUCGUUCCACGACCGGGCUGAAUCGUCAAAAAGGGUACACUGCAGCAAUUGACAAGGAGUUCAACAGCAUCUUCUCGGAGGAUUUAGUCGAAAUCUACAAGGAUGGCGAUAAAUGCAGCAAGGAGCGAGUGCUAACGUCCAGAGGAAUAGCCGGAAUCAAACUCGUCACGAAGUACCACUACAAGAACACCUUUCGUCUCUGUCCCGGUGGACAUUUGAGCAGCAUCGAGGCAUCCGCAGAGUCUCCCACACUAAGUGAUCUGGAGUUCAAACUCAUCAUCUCAUCUUUGAGACAGAUCCGUGGUCGCAGACUACUCCGCAGCGGGGAUGUUCCGAGGGCAUUCCUCAAAAAUCUUCGUUUUAAGGAAGAGAAUCGUCCUAGGUUCUCUUUUCCUUUUAAUAUCGUAGAUGAGGAGUCGCUGAAUAUGCUCAAGACCAAGUACAACGUCGACAAAAAGAGUAUCUUUACUAUGAAGAUCUCUUUAUACGGACUUCGGGAAGCGGCCUUACUUUGGUUCCGAACACUUUCGCAGUUUUUGGAGUCCAUUGGAUUCCGGUCAACACCAGAAUCGCCGUGCGUAUUUCGAGAUCGGAAUCGAAACAAGGUUGGAGUUCACGUCGACGACUUGCUGUACGCGGGAGACGAGCAAGGAUUCAAGGUUCUGAGUGAAGCACUAAAAGCUCGAUUCGGUUUAACGUCGUGGUCUGACGCGAAGACCGGUUUUACGUACACUGGCAGCCAAAUCAAGAUGUCCGAAGACGAGCAGCAGGCUCAUAUCGGAAUGCACCAGAAAAUUGCCGAAGUGCGUACGUCACCAAUUCCGGAAUGCUUCGAUAAGAAGGCUGACCCGUCUACCUUCGAACCUCUCGACGCAGAAGGAGUUGGAGAGCUGAAGAGCAAGAGAGGCAGUUUGAUCUAUAUCGGAAAAUCGCACUCGGAAAGCACGUUCCCGGUAAGAUCGUUGGCCUUGGGCUCCGACCUCAAAAAGGACCACAGAUGGACUGACGAACAAAACCAGAUCAUCAACCGAUUAAAGCAGCACAGUCCGGGAACGACAAUCGAUUUGUCAUACGAGGAAGAGUACAUUAUCGCGUUCCCCGAUGCUUCUGGGCAAACGCCAGCGGUCGAGAGCGAGGUUGAUACUGUCUUCGAGGUCAGCGAUGAUGAAGUGCGAGCGUUCUUCCGGGAAAACAAUGAAGAUGGCAUUCUACUUGGUAGCACCGUUGAGAACGUUUUCACAGCGCUGGGACAUCAGUCCGCAACUCGUAAACGAGAACAGAGGAGAAAACGAGUUGGAGCUGUCACACAACCUGGAAACACGGAAGACGAGGUAGUCGCAAAAGUCCAGAAGUUGAAGCCUGUUCUCGGGUAUGUUAUUCUAUCCGUAUCGAAGAAGGAUUGGGAUGAAUAUGAACGGAAGCAAAAGGGUCUUAAGAGGGUAUCUACUCAGAAGGAAUUUGACGCAUUAGAAACUGUGGAGCUAAGAUGUAGCUUUCUAGAUAUUGAUACUAUAUUUUCCUCUCUGUUGAGUGGCAGUUCGUAUGAAUCUGAACUACACGCGGCCGCCGAGGUCGUCCCAAUUUUAGAGGUUACGCUUCUUAAGUUAGAAGGGUGGGGACACCCGACUCAGGGGCUACUCCUCUCUGACAACAAGUCAGCAGUGAUGAGGAUUACCUCCAAGUCCGGGAUUGGGAUGGCAGACGCCGUUGUUUUUAAGGUUUUAGCAAAACUGAAGUCCUGGUAUAUGAGCACUAAUGUAGAGGUAGGAAGUAUUACCGAUAGAUGUAAUCCAGGGGACACGGCCACCAAGAUACAAUCUGGGGCCAAAUUUCAACACUACUUAGAAGUUUUAAGAGGCAAGCUGAAUCUUCCAAUUCAGCAAGCCACUGUCAAGAGAAGGACCCACACGUGGGAGAAACCAUUCACACAAGCCACAACAGAGAUUUAAAGUUUUGAAUAAUUUUGUAUAGUUUGUGCACAGUUAGCCAGUCUUGAUAACAUGAGAAUAAGUAUGUUUAUAACCCGAAGUCGUGUACGAACAUUUUCAAUCUUGGUUAGCAAUCUUAUGUAAAAUAUUUGAACAGUGAGUGAGAAUUAAUUUUUGCAGUAUGUCAGUAAGGUCUUUGCUUAGAAAAGGGGAACGGUGACAUAAAGCAACCACGUUAGGUAACGUCAAGUCUCUUAGGUUUCUGGAAGAGAGGUAAUAAGGCCUUGAGUCGUGAAGAUCAAGGGGACAGUUUCUAGUAAGUAAAAAGGGAACAUGUAGGGAUGCGCGCCAUCAUGAAUGAUCCGGUAUAGUUAUGUUAAGGGUAGCCGUGAGGUAUUCUUUUGUUAGUUUGUCUUAGUGGGGGAAACAGUUCAAAUGAAUAGUUGAAACUAAAGUUUGGAAGAUAGAGAAAAUUAGGCACGAUAGUUAAAAUGUAUAGAAUAUGUACAGAGACAGUCUUCGGGUGAAUACAUAACGUUCUACGUUAAGAGAGAAUCUAACUAGACAAACUCUUAGUAAAAUAAGUAUAGCCGAACCAGACAGAACUAGUAGGAAGUUUAGAAAGAAAGAAACUGAGUAAGUUGAAAAUAGAAUAACUGGUUGUUGGGACCUUGCUUCCUCUUCGUCUUCUUUCUUUCUCCACCCCCGGGGCACUGUUGGAUUGUCAGUUAUGACGAUCGUUCGAAACAGUGUCUUCUUUCUUUCUGAAAGUGUCGGGCGUUUGGAGUGAGAGAGACGACGAGAGUGAGAGCUCGAGUUCGAUUAGUCAUAAAGAAACAAAAGCGCCUAAAAAGGUAAAUAAAUCGUUGAGUGUUUUGUUUGGUUGGUGGAAGGAAUCGGCUAAGAGAAAUCGUCUGUUAUUUGUUUGAUGAGACUUUGUUUGUUUUUCCAUGGCAUGGAGGCUGGAGUAUUUAAUUAUUUAAGGUCAUCGUUUGAUUAACAUGAACUUGGAUAAUUGAAUAAGAACAAAACCAACAUUAAUCUAAUUCAAACACAUGACUCGAUUCUCUCUUCUUUCCCACCCAACCCAAACUCUUUUCUCAUGACUCUCUCGCUUUGUUUACUUUCUCCAAAUGACAUUUAAAUUACCAUUCACUUCACUGUGGUAUUUAAAUGGCUCAAGAUCUUGUUUCUGAGAAUCACUUUGAUUGGAAGAACAUCAUCAUGAUAAGUUUGAAUUGAAAUAUGAUUUGAAAACCAUUUGAGAAAUACAACCAAUAAAGUUCCAAUGUCUACUUGAUCUUCAUCGCAAGAAGAUCAAUCUCGAAUCCGCACGGUGUUCACGACUCCACACCCGACACAGAGAGAUCUUCUGGUCUGUUUCUCGGUCCUUCGAUCACUUUCGACAUUAUAUUAAACGGAAAGAAAUCGUCAUGCUCAUCGUGUUCCUCGUGCUUGGUUUCUGCAUAGAAAUCAAUGCUCAUGCUGUGCGUUUUGGACGAUGAGGCGAGAGUGACUAAUUUCCAUCCCAACGAUCAAAGAAAUGCAUCUGUGCGACUGAUUGUCCACUCUAGCCAAAACUUUCAUCUGCUAGACGAACAACUGGAGGCAACGAGAGAUCAAUAAAUCACAAUACAUAUGAUUAUAUUAUAUCAAACAAGUGGGACACAUAGCAAACAUCAUCAAGUCGCUUUUCUGCAUCAUGAAGUUUUAGCGGUCCGGGGCUCGCUCAUCACAACUUACUCCAAUCGUGUGAAGUGUUUGCUUAGUAGUUGGUUCUAGAAAUGCCAAUCAUAAACAGUUAAUCCUAGAUUGUAUAUCGCUCAAAGCACUAAAAUAAAACAACCGGUUAGUUUUUACCUCUGUCACGUAGAUGCAUCCCUUCAAGCAAUUAGGUAUCGACUAUUGCUAAUACAUACGAGGAGGUUACAGCCUACUCACCUCUUGUCCCACCUAGACAGAUUCGCGUAAAGAUUUUCCCUGACUUAUCCUUGAUAUUUUGUAAUUUUUCCUAGUAGAUGUCUCUUCUUGUCCAGAAUGUUUAUGGAUAUUAUCGAAGCCACUGUCAAUAUUACUUUUAGGAAAAUCUUCUACUUCAACAUUUGUUAUGAGUUAGCAUUUUUUUAUGUUGUAGAACCAAUCAACUUCGGUCUAGACUCUCAUCAUUGUUAAGUUGUAGAAGUUCGAGUUGCCUUCACUUGGAAGAAAGAUUCUCUAGUAAUGAAUUGCAAAAUUGCAGGUGAAGGUGCGUUCUUUUCUUCAGGAUUCAUGCCAUUGCAUAGAUAGAGGUCCUCGCGGUGAAGGUUUCCUUUUGCGAAAGUUAACGUAGUUGCAGAACUGCGUCUAUGUCUUCUGCAUCCCUUUGGCUUUGUCUCUACCCAGUACCGCUGUUAGGGACGCCACUAUUAGUGGAGGAGCAUGACUUUCCCGGGCACUGCCUGAAGACAUUGGAAGUGGAAUAGUACAGCACUGUAGAUUUUUUCAAAGAAAUAGAAAAAGAAUUUUCUAGGAGGCGUGGACUCGCUCUCACUCUAGUAGGCACGACUGCUGUGACAGGGCGCGACUGCUGUGACGCGGCCACUAGUACGCGCGACUGCCGUAACACGUAGCCACUUUGGCUCAAGAUUAGUCGUGAUCGAUUUAUAGCGGAAACUCGGAUCCUAGUGUACUUUCAGCUCGACUUCUUAGGUAGACCCCGAGUAACUCGUCGUGUUUUAACUCUUUUCAUUUGAUGUUAAAUUUAUUUUUACUUGCCACUACCCUGCGAGCUACUCGAGGAUCUACGUUCUAAAAAAUGGAAAUACAAGUGUGACCUAAAAAGAGAUCAUGAACGAGAUAAGAGUAUGAGUUUGAGUCUAAAGAAAUUACAAUUAGUUGUGUGACAAUGGCAUCAGCAAACAAAGACGAGGGCAGGAGCGGAACACGAGUCUUUACGAGGGCGUAUGAUUAAGUAGGUUGUGGUCGGUUGAAGUUCCAAUCAAAAAUGUAUUUGUGCAGCAGAGAAGUGUUCCGGAUUUUCUCGCGUAAAAGUGAAUGUAACUGCAAGUAACAGCAAGCUUGAGAGGAUAACGUUUACAAUCCUAUCUUUCGACCAUCUGAAAGCGUGUCGAGCGAAAGGUGCGACGAGGCAUAGUCUUCUUGUUGUGACUAUUCUAGUAUCAUGAUUAAUCAAGCCCUUUUUUCUGGACCACGAGAGACUCAUGCUCACUUACGCUUAUGUCUUGUGAGAUAGACUAUCUCUCACCUCUGGUCACAUACGCUUCUAACGACAGAGCUGAAAAGUUUCAAUGUUCAACACGUCGAUGGUACAUGAUCCUCUCUGCUUAUGUAUAGGUGUCUUUCCGUCAUUGUGCAUUGAGCUUCGAGGAUCUUUACCUGUUGCUCCUGUUGCAUGUAUGAAAAGUUGUAAAGUUCGAAAGAAUCUUGAGCAAUUUUACAUUUCUUUCACGUAUUGUAUCGAGGACUGAAUCUUUUUCGGUGCUGUGAGUAUUUUUUGGGGGCCUUCAGAUCCAAUAAUUUUUUCCGACUUCUUACUUAGGCUCUAGCCAGCACCGGAUGAUAAAGAUUCUCGAAUACUAAAGCAAGGCACGACUUCUUAUUGUUGCUAAUCUGCCCGGGAGUAAUGUAAAAACUUUGACAGUUAAGUACAAGUAGCCUUUUUUUUUAUUUUCUUAGGUUUUUGACCUUUCUCAGCACCGGCUCGGAUGGAUUCUGUUCUUGCUUUCUUUAGAUGACAGGAUGUGUGCAAUCUUGUUUCAAGUGGUCAUCUAAUUCUAAUCAUCUUCAAAGCUUCAAAGUUAGAUUCUGUUUGGACCAAUUCUUUUUGUAAAAUAUCACAUGCCUCGUUGAAGUGCUUGAUGGUUUGUACUGUGUAAUGCGAGUGUCAAUAUUUUUCCCAAGUCUGUCAAAUCUUUCAGCAUAGCUGUAAGUACAUAUUUCUCUCGACGACAAUACUAAUAUCAGAAUUUUGAUGUUCAGCGUCCUGCUAGUGGAGGACAAC